AGCGGGCUCGUCCGGGAUUUGAACCCGGGACCUCUCGCACCCUAAGCGAGAAUCAUACCCCUAGACCAACGAGCCAUGUUUACUCCUGACUCGUUACACGUGUAAUCCAAGUAACGUCGGUCGAAGAUACCGUAACUUGCGUACACUCUGAUACCCUCCUGAGUACUUAUCUCUAGCGUGCGAGUAAGAGUGGCAGAAAGAACGAGAGAACGAGAUAAAAAGUGAGCGCUUCAAGAUGGCGGAGUUCGACGAUCAAGACUUCAACCGGAGCGCACUGAACGUGCGAUAUAACCGGGCUUGGUACACCGGCCAGCGAGUGGAGAGAAUUCCAAGCGGCCUGAUAAGAGUAGUAGGCUCGGACUGUCUGAGCUUGGACCUCUCUUUCAACGAACUUACGUCGAUCUCUGCGGUCCGCGACUUCACCUGCCUAGAGGAGCUCAUUUUAGAUAACAACGACCUCCGAGACCUGCGUAGCCUGCCCCCUAUGCCGACAAUCAGGACCCUGAGUCUGAACAACAACAAGAUCACGGACAUCGACGCCACCUUGGAGAGGAUACGAGAGUGCUGUCCUGACGUGAGUUAUGUUAGCCUCUUGGGGAACCCUGGAUGUCCAGAUCAGUUGACAGACCCUACCGUUAACGACGACGCCGAUUACGAGAGAUAUCGCCUGUACGCCAUCCACGUGUUGCCUCCCUCUCUUCGUUUCUUGGAUUCCCGACCUGUAACGAAACAAGAGAGAUUGGAUGCCCGAAGUAGAGGUAGAUUUCUCAGGACGGUCAAACUGGCCUUUCAGUCCUCUCCAUCUCUCCUGACGAUAUCGCCCGUCGAAGAGAUAGAAGCUUCCAUGAACGUCAAUUACACGCCAUUACCGAGGUCGGUGCGCAAACCUCAAGACCAUAGAGGGGCGUACGGGAAGUGCAAGUACCGGUACUCCGGCAAGAACUCGGAAGGCAAUCGGUUCAUCUCUAACAACGACCUGUGAUAACGGAGAAGGUGCUCGGAUUUGUUUCUUAAUGAGGAUACAAGACUAUUCCCUUCGCAUAAUAAGUAAUCGGCGAGCUCACCGCGCGUUAGAGUAAAGAUUUAUUGUUACCUCGAGGACCGGAUCCGGCCUCGCUUCAAGGUGAAACUACGCACCUGGGGACCCUGCCUGCCCACCUGAGAUUAUUGGUCCAUCGUUCGCACUAGUCGGCAAUCGGAAAACCGUGCUAAAAGUUACGGC